AUGAUUAAUGGAUCAUAUUUUCAAGUUGGAAUAGGAUAUAGAGACAUUAUGUAGAAAAAUAAUUAUCAUUAGUGUUACUAUACUGGGUAUGGGUAUAUAAUUAUAUUAUAAUAGAACAUAUUUAAUAUAAAAUAAUGGUCAUAUUUUUUCUCAUCAUAGCAAAGAUUUACUUGAUAAAAAUUUGUCAUUUCGAUUUACAAAUAAUGACAUAAUAAUAAUUGCAGUAUGUAUUGAACAUAAAUACAUUAAAUGUAGUAGAUAGUAUAAUCCAUAAUUAACAUUUGUUGUAAAUAUAAUAUCGAUUAUUAGUAAUUAGAUAUAGAUACAUCAUAAGAAUUAAAUCCAUGUGUGGGUGUUUCUUAGUAAUCUAAAAUACAAUUAUUGGAUAAUAUGGCAAUUUUAAGAUAAAUUAGAUUUAAAUAUAUAUUUAAAUAUUUAUUUAUCAUUCAAAAUAAUUAAAUAUAAGAAGUGAAGUAGUUGUAUUUUUAAUAAAAGUAAAUUGCAAUUAUAUAGGAGCACAAAUUAUAUUAUAAUACUGCCUAAAAUCGAGAAGUCACCAGAGCAAUACAAUUAUAUUGUAGGUAUUCACCAUACAAACUCAUUUUUCUAUCCAUUCAGAUCAUAAAAUGUAAAGCAAACUAAAAUUUAUGGGAAAUUUCUGAACAAAUAAAUUUUGGUGAAAGUAUUGAGAAAUUGGUUGAAGAGAAAAAGAUUAAGUUAGUUAAAGAGGUAUUUUGCUGA